CUGCUAAUUACACAGAACAGCUCUGGGGGCUGCUGAAGUCCAGAAUGAAGCAAAGAGCAGCAGAAGCGAGUGCUGCAGUGGGAGCGGAGGAGCCCAAGCAUCACCGAGAGCUGGAGCCGGCUGUUAUCUCUGCUGGGAACAACUGGGAGCACCCAGAGGAUCUUGCAGCCCUGUCUCCCACAGCAGACAGCCUCUGGCACUGCCACCGAGCCCGCUGCCAGCCCCUGGAGAGCCGAGGAGAAGGGGCCGGUGGUUGCAGCACGCAGGGCUGGGCUGGAGGGCAGCGAGGUCAGCCCUGCUAUGGUUGUGGGGGGUUAGGAGCCUGCGAGCAUCCACCGGGAAGAGGUGAAGGAUGGCUGCUGAAGGAGGGAGAGCCAAGCCCCUCGCCCAGUCCAGGAUGGAGAACUUCAGAAAGGUGAGGACCUCGGAGGAGGAGAUGCCAUUACCCUUCCCAGACCUGCCCCCAGACGUGGUGGAGAUGAAAGUGAAGGAGGGCAGCAAGAUCAGGAACCUGAUGAACUUCGCCAUGGCCCAGAUGGAGCUGAAGGGCAGGCGGCAGAUCGUGUUCAGCGGCUGCGGCAGGGCGGUCACCAAGACCAUCACCUGCGUGGAGAUCAUGAAGCGCAAGCUGGGAGGGCUCCACCAGGUCACCAAGGUAUGCUACAAAACUGUGCUGGAGGUCUGGGAGAGCCAGGACCCGCCGCUUGAUGGACCUGCACAGAACCUGACUGUCCACAAGAACGUCCCCUCCAUCUGCAUCCUGCUCUCCCGGGACCCCCUGGAUCCCAACCAGAACGGAUACCAGCCCCCCGAGCCCCGGCACGAGGCAGGAGAAGACACAUUGGGAUCCUCCAGCAAGGGGCUGAAGCGGCCGCUGCCGCCUCCCUGCGAGGAGCUGCUGCCCAAGAAGCUGCAGGUACAGGAGUCUGACAGCCCCAGGGGCACGGGGACCACCGCUGGCCAGCAGGACCCCUGACCCCAGUGCCUCCCACCCCACCUGCCAGGUAUGGAGGCAGGAAUAUCCACUCAUUCCGGGGUCACUGGUGGGCUGCAGGCUCCCCCUGACCUGUCCCCACUUGCUGCUCCUUGACCCCUUUGGAUGGGGGUCCCCAGAUUUGGCGUGAGGGUUAAACCCACCAUGUCUUGGUUAUGGAUUGAAGCUGGUGGAACAUGUGGUGGGGGGGAGCUGGUGACCUCUAAUUCAGCCACCCAGGGGCAAUGUGACCACCAACCACAUCCUGCAGUGACUCCCAGGGAGCCAGAGCAGCCAAGGGGUGCCUGGACCACCAGCACCGCUCCCCACUGCAACGCCUCAUCCAUCAGGAGAGAUGGGUUUGCCCCAAGCUUGUUGGAAUAAAACCUUCAUCAAACCCGCUGCUGAGGAGCUGUUGGAGUUACUAAUGCCAGGCUCAGCAUCCUGUGAGACUGUGAUUCAUCCCAAAAAAACAAGCACAGGGGGUGCUCCCUCCUGCACCCUCAGAGCCAAGCACUGCACUGUGCUGCUUGCCUGUGGGACAGCACAAGGAAAUAAAACAACCCA